GUACAAGGAAUUCAUCGCCCUCCCGCCAGCCAAGAGGAGGUUUUGUCAAGAAUGUCAACAGCUCCUGUUGGUACCUGAGUGGGAAGGACACUCUGGCCAUCCAGUGCUCUCUGAUAUCUCCGCGGCCCAGCUGAGACGGCCGAGCCAACUCCUGAGCGCCCUGGAGGACAAGAAGACCAACGCACAGUAUCUCUUCACCGAUAGAAGCUGCCGCUUCCUGCUGGAUCUUCUCGUGGCGCAAGGCUUCAGAAGGGUGCUCUGUGUGGGCACUCCAAGGCUCCAUGAACUGAUCCAGAUGGAAGCUUCCUCCAAGGAGAAGGUCUCCAUGAAGAGUCUUCUGCUCGAUAUUGAUUUCCG